AUGUUUUCCAGCCCGCGGAGGUGGGGCGACGGCAGCGACUACGGGCGGGUCCCCGAGGGGCCUGAGGCGCAGAAAUGCAGUCCAGAGAAAAAUGCUUCAUUCUUCAGUAGGAUGACAUAUUCCUGGUUUAGCAGAAUAAUUGUUUUAGGCUAUAAGAGACCUUUGGAAAGAGAGGAUCUUUUUGAACUAAAUGAAAGUGAUUCUUCCUAUAUCGUGUGUCCCAUCUUUGAAAAACAAUGGAGGAAGGAAGUUUUAAGGAAUCAAGAGAGGCAAGAAGUAAAGGCACCCUUUCAUAAAGAGGCACAUGCCAGGAAACCAUCUCUGGUCUAUGCAUUGUGGAACACCUUUAAGUUUGUCCUGAUUCAAGUUGCUUUAUUCAAAGUGUUUGCUGAUAUUUUGUCCUUCAGUAGCCCACUCAUAAUGAAGCAAAUGAUCAUUUUCUGUGAACAUCGCCCAGAUUUUGGAUGGAGUGGCUACGGUUAUGCUUUGGCACUUUUUGUUGUAGUCUUUUUGCAAACCUUGAUCCUUCAGCAAUACCAACGUUUUAACAUGCUCACUUCAGCAAAAAUUAAGACGGCCGUAAUUGGACUCAUCUACAAAAAGGCCCUACUUGUAUCUAAUGUUUCUCGAAAGAGGUUUUCAACUGGGGAAGUUAUUAACUUGAUGUCAGCGGAUGCCCAGCAGCUCAUGGACUUGACAGCAAACCUCAAUCUCCUCUGGUCAGCCCCUUUUCAGAUCCUGAUGGCCAUAUCACUUCUUUGGCAAGAGCUGGGUCCAGCUGUGUUAGCAGGGGUAGCAGUCCUUGUGUUUGUUAUACCGAUAAAUGCCUUAGUUGCAACUAGAGUAAAAAAGCUAAAGAAAAGCCAAACGAAGAACAAAGAUAAACAGAUAAAACUACUCAAUGAAAUCUUACAUGGAAUUAAGAUCCUCAAACUUUAUACAUGGGAACCCUCCUAUAAAAAGAAGAUUAUUGAAAUUCGAGAGCAGGAAUUGGAGGUUCAAAAAUCAGCUGGGUAUCUUGCUGUAUUUUCUAUGCUGACAUUAACUUGCAUUCCAUUCUUGGUGUCCCUGGCGACAUUUGGCAUCUAUUUCUUAUUGGAUGAAGGAAACAUUUUAACAGCCACCAAAGUGUUCACAUCUAUGUCUUUGUUUAAUAUUUUGAGGCUUCCUUUAUUUGAUUUACCAAUGGUAAUCUCAGCUGUGGUCCAGACAAGAAUAUCAUUGAAUCGUUUGGAAGAUUUUCUCAACACCGAGGAGCUUCAUCCUCAAAAUAUUGAAACAAACUACAUAGGAGAUCAUGCCGUUGGUUUUACAAAUGCUUCCUUCUCUUGGGGUAAAACAGGGAUUCCAGUACUAAAAAACUUGAACAUAAAGAUUCCAGAAGGAGCUUUAGUGGCUGUUGUGGGGCAAGUUGGAUCUGGAAAAUCAUCUGUGCUUUCUGCCAUUCUGGGGGAAAUGGAGAAACUUACAGGAGUUGUUCAAAGAAAGGGUUCUGUGGCUUAUGUUGCCCAGCAGGCCUGGAUUCAGAAUUGCAUUUUACAAGAAAACAUUCUCUUUGGCUCCAUCAUGCAGAAGCAGUUUUAUGAGCGAGUAUUGGAAGCCUGUGCCCUCCUUCCUGAUUUGGAGCAGUUACCAAAUGGAGAUCAAACUGAGAUUGGAGAAAGAGGUGUGAAUAUAAGUGGGGGCCAGAAGCACCGUGUAAGUCUGGCCAGAGCUGUGUAUAGUGGGGCUGACAUCUACCUCCUGGAUGAUCCCUUUGCUGCAGUUGAUGUCCAUGUUGGAAAGCAACUUUUUGAAAAAGUGAUUGGGUCCUCGGGUAUUUUGAAAAACAAGACUCGUAUUUUAGUGACACAUAACCUCGCACUUCUGCCACAGAUGGAUCUGAUUGUUGUCAUGGAGAGUGGCAGAGUUGCACACAUGGGAACAUACCAGGAGCUGCUGUCGAAAACCAGAAACCUCACAAAUUUGCUUCAGGCCUUCAGUGAACGAGAAAAAGCUCAUGCUUUAAAGCGAGUCAGUGUAAUCAACUCCAGAACUAUACUGAAAGACCAAAUCUUGGAGCAAAAUGAUAGGCCCUCACUGGAUCAAGGAAAACAGUUCUCAAUGAAAAAAGAAAAGAUCCCUAUUGGUGGGGUGAAGUUCUCAAUCAUUCUGAAGUACCUCCAAGCCUUCGGCUGGCUCUGGGUGUGGCUGAGUGUGGCUGCUUACCUCGGGCAGAAUUUGGUGGGCAUUGGACAGAAUCUAUGGCUUAGUGCCUGGGUAAAAGAAGCGAAAUACAAGAAUGAGUUCACAGAAUGGAAGCAAAUAAGAAGCAAUAAACUUAACAUCUAUGGAUUACUGGGAUUAAUGCAAGGUCUCUUUGUCUGCUCUGGAGCCUAUAUACUCACCAGAGGAUCCCUGGCUGCCUCUCGAACUUUGCAUACUCAACUAUUGGAUAAUGUGCUACACCUCCCGCUCAGGUUUUUUGAAACCAAUCCCAUAGGUCAGAUCAUCAGUCGGUUCACCAAGGACAUGUUUAUAAUUGAUAUACGUUUCCAUUACUACUUACGGACCUGGGUGAAUUGCACAUUGGAUGUUAUUGGAACAGUUUUGGUCAUUGGAGGAGCUUUACCACUCUUCAUUCUGGGGGUUAUUCCCUUGGUGUUCCUCUAUUUCACUAUACAGAGAUACUAUGUGGCGAGUUCUCGGCAGAUUCGUCGGUUGGCAGGAGCAUCUCGCUCUCCUAUCAUUUCACACUUUAGUGAGACUUUAUCAGGGGUGUCCACUAUCCGGGCAUUUGGACAUGAACAGAGGUUCAUCCAGCAAAACAAAGAGGUGGUGAAUGAGAACCUGGUCUGUUUCUACAAUAAUGUAAUUUCAAACAGGUGGCUGUCUGUUAGACUUGAACUCCUUGGCGACUUAAUGGUAUUCUUUGCUGCAGUGCUUACUGUGCUCGCUGGCAAGUCUAUAGAUUCAGCAAUAGUUGGUUUGUCCAUAUCCUAUGCCCUAAAUAUUACUCAAUCUCUGAAUUUUUGGGUGAGGAAAGCUUGUGAAAUUGAAACCAAUGCAGUUUCCAUUGAAAGAGUUUGUGAAUAUGAAAAUAUGGAUAAAGAGGCACCCUGGAUAAUGUCUAAAAGACCUCCAUCACAAUGGCCUGAUAAAGGGAUAGUGGAAUUUAUUAAUUAUCAGGCUCGAUACAGAGAUGACCUUGGUUUAGCAUUACAAGAUAUCACUUUCCAGACUCAUGGUGAAGAAAAGAUUGGAAUCGUGGGACGGACUGGAGCAGGCAAAUCAACGCUUUCAAAUUGUCUGUUUAGAAUUGUGGAAAGAUCAGGAGGCAAAAUUAUUAUCGAUGGUAUUGACAUAUCCACUAUUGGACUUCAUGACCUUCGGGGCAAACUUAAUAUUAUUCCACAGGAUCCUGUUUUAUUUUCUGGUACCCUUCAAAUGAACCUGGAUCCCCUAGACAAGUAUUCCGAUAGUGAGCUGUGGGAGGUGCUAGAACUGUGUCACUUAAAAGAAUUUGUGCAGUCCCUUCCCAAGAAGCUGCUGCAUGAGAUUACAGAGGGAGGUGAAAACCUCAGCGUUGGACAAAGGCAGCUUGUCUGUCUUGCUCGUGCUUUGCUUCGAAAAACAAAAAUUCUCAUCUUGGAUGAGGCAACAGCUUCCAUUGAUUUUGAGACUGAUAACUUGGUGCAGACCACAAUCAGGAAAGAGUUCUCUGACUGUACCAUCCUGACGAUUGCUCAUAGACUGCACUCUAUCAUUGAUUCAGAUAGGGUACUUGUUCUAGACUCUGGAAGGAUUACAGAAUUUGAAACACCACAGAAUUUGAUAUGCCAGAAAGGACUUUUCUUUGAAAUGCUAACAGAAGCUGGAAUACCAGAAGACUCAGUGACAAAAUAA